ACCGUCAAAGGCCACGUAGCAACGUGAUAGUGUCGCCUUGCUGGCUUGGCGGGGCACCAUACACCACACCACUUCGCGCCCAAGAUGGCGCUUUAUUAUCUCUGGUCUGGUCGCUGCGCCUCCCGCUUGGCCGCGAGCCCGCGACCAUGGCGGCGCCACCCGUCCCCGUCCUCUGCAGCGCUUCCCCAUGUCGCAUCACCACCCACCUCGCCCCUCCUGCCUUUCGGACCGUUGCCGCGGCGCGGCCGCAGGCCUUGCCCUUCGUCUUGUGCGUCGAGCAGCGCGUGGGGCCCUCGGCGCGCGCGCGCGCGCCGUUCGCGGCCAAGCGCGGCGGCGGCGGCGAGGUAUCCGCGGAAGCUCCAGACGGCACGCGCGCGCUGCUCCAGGCGGCGCUCUGGGGCGCCGAGGCUGCCUAUAUACUCUGGCUCUUCCUUCUGCCUUACGCCCCGGGCGACCCGGUCUGGGCAAUCUCGCAGGCUACCAUCAGCGACCUCAUCGGCCUAUCACUCAACUUCUUCUUCGUCCUGCCGCUGCUCAACUCAGUGUAGUUGGCGUUCACCUGCUCGAAUCGCCUCUACUUCACCCUAUGGCAGAAGGAUUGUUCAACUUGGUGCUCGCUUGGACGCUGCUUUUUGCGCCACUCCUCUUCACGGAUUGUAGGAGGGACCGCUACAAGGGAUCGCUCGAUGUCCUGUGGGGCUUUCAGAUGUUCCUCACAAACACUUUCUUGAUACCUUACAUGGCGAUCCGACUGAACGGUCCGGAAGCGGACCGGUCUCCGCCACGAAGAUCACAGCUGGGUUCAGUCAUGGUCAACGGCGCGCCGGCUGUGGGCGCGGUCGGCGGCCUCGUCUGCGUUCUCUCGAUCGUUUGGGCGUUCUCUGGCCGCGGAGAUUCUGGUUUCGGAGGCAUUGCGGAACGGUGGCAGUAUCUGCAGAGCUACCUGUUCUCGGAGCGGCUUGCUUACGCGUUUCUCUGGGAUAUGUUUCUGUACUCCGUAUUCCAGCCGUGGCUGAUCGGGGACAAUCUUCGGAACGUGAAGGCGGAUGCUGCUGGGCUUGUGAGUGUGGUGCGGUUCGUCCCCGUUGUGGGUUUAGUUGCCUACCUUCUUUGCUUAGAGGAAGAGGAUUAGCUGUUAACUGUGUUUUUUUAUAUAUUUUUUGUGAUCAUUUGGAUCGUUGAUCAGUGUGCAGUUGAGUGGAUUAUGUACUUGGUGGCAGUGAGUUUGCAACUGAAAACACAAAUCUUGUAGCCGAACAAGAACAACCGGGAUGGACAUACAGUAUUUUUUUUCC